GGCGCCCGGAAGUCCCGCCUCCAGCGCGCGCGGCCGCCGGGCCCCUUGUCUGUGCUCACCUGGAGGCGGUCUGGCUGUGGGAGCUGGGGCUCUGCUCCGCGCUCGGGGCCCGGCACCAGCUGAGCCCGCGGGUGUUCCCCCAGCAGUCGCACCCCUCGUCAGCCCGGCUCCGGGCCGUGUCGUAGGCGCCAUGGCUCCUCGCGGGAGGAAGCGCAAGGCCGAGGCGGCGGAGGUGGAAGCGGCGGAUAAGCGGGGGAAGGCGGCGGAGGAGGCGCAGGAGGCGGAGGUCGUCAUCGAGCAUUGCACGAGCUGACGGGUGUACGGGCGCCACGCCGAGGCCGUGCGCCAGGCGCUGCGCCGGGCGGCCCCCGCGCUGCCGGUGAAGCUGAACCCCGCCAAGCCCCGCCGGGGCAGCUUCGAGGUGACGCUGCAGCGCCCGGACGGCAGCAGCGCCCAGCUCUGGACUGGGAUUAAGAAGGGGCCUCCGCGCAAACUCAAAUUUCCGGAUCCAGGAGAGGUGGUGGAAGAACUGAAGAAGUGCCGCGCCUAAGGCCGCCUCCUGCCGAGCUUUCAGUCCCUGAUGUGUUGGAGCAUUUAUGACGGGACAUGGCCAAAACUUCAGUCAUGUACCUGAAAUCAUGGUUCCUUCAUCUCUAGAAAUGAUGGCUCAGUUAUGAGGCAGCUCUCCAGUGAGGCAUUGUAAAAGUGUUUGGAUUUAGUUUAAUAAAAGCUGAAAUAAAAGUA